AACAACAUUGAGUUGUGGGCCUUGUAGCCCAAUAAAGAUACAUUAUACUCCUCCGCAGAAGCUUCAGUCUUGCACCGGCAGCACCGUCUGACUUUCCCCGUUGGCGUUCAGGGUCAUAUCGGGAAUCGCAAAAUAUGGCUGCUCCACUUCCCGUCCGGUUUGCCCCGUUUCUCCGCCUCCGUCUUCCCUUCCAUCAUCAAAACCGCCGCCCCUUCUGCAGUUUCCUUGAUCGCAUACGGUUUUGGUCUUCCACCGAGUCUGUUGAUCAUACCGGAGACGAGGGUCCAUCUUCUGCCGGAGAGAACCCGGCCGCGUCCGAAAUCCGGGUCAAAGAUCCACCUCGGCGUACUAUCCGGCCCGACCCAGAUGCCCUGAAUUGGGAAAAAAUAGAAGCUGAAAUUAUGGAAGAUGUCUACCCUGUCAUUUGCCUCGCCAAAGACAUUCUUCAUUCUGAUAGGUAUCUGGACGGACAACGUCUUACAGAUGAAGAUGAGAAGAUAGUGGUAGAGAGGCUUCUUGCUCACCACCCUCAUUCCGAAGACAAAAUUGGUGUUGGCCUCGAUUCGAUUAUGGUCGAUCAACAUCCCCAGUUCAGGCACACGAGGUGCAUGUUUGUGGUGAGAACCGACGGUGGGUGCAUCGAUUUCUCAUACCACAAGUGCCUUCAGCGGUAUGUCCGAGAUUCGUAUCCCACGCAUGCCGAAAGAUUCAUUAAAAAACAUUUGUGCAAACAUUUGAGCCGCGCUAGGUGUUGACGUUCUUGUGUGCAAGCCAUUGGGUGGUUGGUCAUAUAUGUCUUCAUUUUGUUGCAAACAAUGCUCAGGUGAGUAGAAUCCAUCGAAAUGUUUGUUUUUUUUUUGAAAAAGAAAGUGAUGGACGGAUUCAAACAAGAAACCAUGUUAAAAUGG